AAUAGCUUCAAAACAUCUUUUCAUAUCGCUGGAAUGCUCACCAAGUAUCUCGAGCCUCAGCGAUCUCUGGGGUCGUUGCACGACUAUCAUUCUCUUCUCUCCCUAAGAAACACAUUGUAUUGUUUUAGACUUUCUUCCCAAGUGCAUUCACUGCCUCGGGCCACAGGCCCUUUACACUUCUCUUCAAGAUGGGACGCAUCAUGCUUCUCGAGGCACUCGUGGGCUUGCUGGCCGCCGCCGCGAGCGUCGCGGCCCUCCCCACGCAAGACGCCCACGUGCAACCCACGCUCAGUCCCUCUUUGAGUAGCAGCAGCAGCAGCAGCAGCAGCAGUAGCAUCAGCAGCAGUGAUGUUACCACGACCGACAGUCGAACCAUGCCAAGUCUCAGUGUCGCAAGCACACGUUCCCCCACACCACACACAUCCGUUGGCAGGCUGAGUUACCCUCAUCGGUACUCUAACUCAACCUCUUCGGUUACCGUCGCUUCUGUGACCGUCACGUCGACCAAGACGGUGUGCAAGUCCAGACGCCCGCGGAAAACAAAGACAAAAACGACAACGAUAACAGCAGCAACGGCAACAAGGACUGCUACAUUCUACAGCGCUGCCCCGACAAAGACGCUAACUCCCAAUGUCCACUGGAAGCAUGACACCAAGAAGGUGACCAACGUCAUCCCGAUCCCAGACAGCAAGGGCUCCGAGCUGUACUACGGCCCCCCUGAUCAGUCCAAGAAAGGACCCUUUGCCUUUAUUAAAUACAACUUCACUUUGCCUUCCGUCAACCUCGACCACAGCGCUCAUGUCAAGGUCGAAUAUGAUCAGAAGAGCGGCCUUAGAGUUACCUUCACCAAAGAGGACGCGUUCCGCCACGCCAGCGAGACCUGGAACCCCACAGACGAGGGCCUGGUCUUGAUCGCCUACGCCGAGGGCUGCCAGGCGUACAAGAGCGGGGAGCGAUGCUUCUUCAACGCCACCAGCCUGGCCGUGAACCACCAAGACAUGACCAUCGACGUCUCAUGCAAGGCGCACAAGCCCGACGACCUCAUCCACUCCGCAGAAGCACGAUGGGGCAUGUGGGAGCCGUCUGAAGCCUUGGGCCCCAAGUCCGGAAAGCCGCUCGGCCAGUGCAAGGCCGCCGCGGACGAGGCGUCCAGGGCCUUCCUGCAGCACAUCUCUCCGGACCGCAGCCUCAAAUGCGCCCACGGCCUGCACAGCCGCAGCGUUUGGUCUUGGAUCGGAACCAACGUCAUUGCGCCGGUUGUAGACGCCGCCAAGGGGAUUAUCAAGGGCCUUUCCCUGGACCGCGAAUUCGACAAGACCUUUGACUUUAAGCUUCCCAACGUUGAAGAGAAAGACGGUAGCGAGAACGGGCCGAAAGUAGUGGAUGGGAUCGCCGAGAACAAGCCGAAGGCAGUGGAGGGGACCGUCGAGAACAAGGCGAAAGACGUGGGAGGCAGCGGCGAGGACAACGAGAAAGAAGCAAACGGCGGCGAAAGCAAAGCCGCGGACCUGGUCGAUGCCUCGACCAAGAAGGCGGUCUCUCCGUGGGGAAAUGCCAUCCUCCUCGACGCAAUUGGCCCGGAGGAGAGCCCUUACCUGAGCCUGUACUGCGUCGACUGCGGCGUGACGGGAAGCGCCAAACUCGCCGGCCACCUCCAAUGGGUUCCCUUCAAGGGCUUCACCAAGGGCGAGAUCGGGCUGCACGUGGUCGCCAAGGCGGGCCUCAAGGUCGGCAUCGACGCCAGGUACACCUUUCAAAAGGACGUGACCCACGAGCUCUGCGACGUGGGCCUCCCCGCGCUGUCCUUUGGCGUCGUCACCAUCGGGCCCAGCGUGAGCCUCGGCGUCCACGCCAACCUGACCGCCCAGGCCAGCGGGCAGCUGCUCGCCGGCGCCGAGGUCGGCCUGCAGGACGCCUACGUGGUGCUCGACCUCGUGAACCGCACCAGGAACAGCGUCGGCGGCUGGAAGCCCUACUUCAAGCCCGUCUUCCAGGCCCACGGCGAGGUCAUGGUCGAGGCGUCGCUGGGGCUGCCCAUGGGCAUACACUGCGGCGUCAAGGUCGAGUCGCUCGAGGAGCGGGUUUCCUUUAUUGACGAGCCGUCCAUCAUCCUCGACGCGAGGGGUGCGGUGCACGCGGAGCUCAACGCCGACGGGACCAUCGACGCGGGCUUCAACAACACCGACGGCUGCCGCGGCAUAUCAGCACGGCUGAGCUGGCGGAAUAAGCUGGAGGCUGACGUUCCCUUCAUGAAAAUGAAGUACACGCUCGCGGACACUGGCGCGGAGCCCUUGACGAAGUUUUGCCUCGGGCGUUCCGGGAAAACCUUGCAGAGAAGGGCCAUAGGUCAUGUUCCUCGACCCAUGAACGCGACUAGCUCCUCCGUCUCCUUGGGCUGGGUAAAGACCGAGCCGGAGCAGCCCUUCAUCGACGGAAACGGUCUCGAGCUCGGCGCCCUGAUGAAUCCCGACCGCACCGUCAAGGUCCUCUCCUGCGGCGACGGCAACAUGUACGCCGUCCGGUCCAACGACACACACAGCGGCUGCUCCGACCAGUGGGCCACCCAGCCGGACAACACCGUCGUCAGCGAUGGGGCUCGACGCAUGAUGUACUACUCCAACGAUACCAUGUCCGAGCUGGGCGUCUCAAAACUCGGCGUUGGCAAGUGUGAUGACCUGCCCGACGACGGUGAUGCUCCCGUCUGGACUGCGCUCGUGGCGUAUCAUGACGAGACGACGACAACAGCCACCACCACCACCACAACACCAACCCGCUACAUCGCGGCCGAUCCUUACAAACGCGUCUUCUAUCCUAUUGUGUGCAACUUUUCGAACAAGAAUGGCAGCCAGGUGUUCCUGGUAGACCAGCCAGGCAAGGGCAUCGAGCGAAUGCAGAGCAACCGGGACAUUGACGCAGUGACGAGCUUCAAAGUCUCCGAGUGCCGGGCAUUGGUCCUCUCCCCGGGCAGACAGGAGCGCAGCUGCACUCCCUAGAAACCCCGCAGAGGGCGGGGGCAGGUUCCUGGUAUGAUUCACAGCUGUUGCAGCCCGGCGUGGCAGCAUCAUGCACUCUUUCUCUUGGCUUUGCAUUUCCCGACUAGGCAUAUUCGGAUUCUCGGUGACAUAUCUAGCUUUUCUCUUUGUCAGGCACGGUUUCGUUAGGCUUUUUAUUUCUCGGUCAGACAUAUUCGAAAUUUUAGCGUACAUAUCUACUAGCUUUUAAUUUUGCGCCUCCACUGGCC